AUGCCUUCAAUGGAGUCGUCACGUAACCCAAACUUCUUGAGCAAUAUUCUAGUACGACUCAUCUCCUUCAUACUUCUCGUGUUCCUCGCUCGCUUCGCUUACAUCUUCACCGUCAAAAACAACAAAUCGCCUGAAACCCUAACCCUAGCCCUAACCAAUUCCAUCUCCGGCGCCGGUCACCGGAAUUACUACUACUCCGUUUUCGAUGAUCUAAUCGCCGACGGCUUUCUCUCUCCAAAUUCACAAUCUCUCUGUAUCGAAACCCUAACCGGCGAUGACGUGGCAGCGUUGAUCGAUAUCGGAGUCGUCGAUACCAUCGGUAUAUCACACAGAUCAUUACAGCCGUUCGAUGAAAACACUUUCGAUUUUGAGUUCGCCGGAAACGGAGUACUUGACAGAUCGGAAAACCCAGUUGAAUUUGCUAAAGAAGUUUCUAGAACGUUGAAGCCUGAAGGUAUUUUGGUAAUUCACACACUUUCCAAAGACAGUUACAGUCUCAAUUCGUUAAUUCAGUUGUUUGAUAACUGUAAGUUAGUUAGAGCACGUGACAUUGACAGUUUUGACACGUGGCAGGCACCCAUUCGCCAAGUUAUUUUCCAGAAAAAUAAGGUAGUGACUGGAUUCGAAUCUAAGAAAUUGAGAAAUUACUGUGUUGUCCCUGAGUAUAAAAGGGAAUUGAUUCGAAAAGCGGAGGGUAUAAUUGUAAAAGAGCCAUUGAAACCUUGGAUAACAUUUAAGAGGAAUUUAAGAAAUGUGAAGUAUUUGUCUUCAAUGGUUGAUAUAAGUUUUAAAAAUAGGUACAUUUAUGUUGAUGUCGGUGCAAGGAGUUAUAGUUGGUUUAAUACACAGUAUCCGAAACAGAAUAAAACGUUUGAGGUAUACGCGAUUGAAGCUGAUAAGGAAUUUCACGAGGAGUAUAGAAAAAAGGGUGUACAUAUUUUGCCAUAUGCAGCUUGGUUGAGGAACGAGACGUUGUUUUUUGAGAUAACGAGAGAGCAAACUAGGAAGAACGUGGAGAAAGGUCGAGGUAUGGGGAGGGUACAAUCAGCACAAUCGUCGUUGAAUUUUUUAGGAGAUUCAGAUAAGAUAUUGGGGUUUGAUUUUGCUGGAUGGUUGAUGAGUUUGGUUGAGGAGAGGAAUUAUUUGGUUGUAAAAAUGGAUGUGGAAGGGACUGAAUUUCAUUUGAUAACAAAGUUGAUUGAGAGUGGUGCAAUUUGUUUGAUUGAUGAGUUGUUUCUUGAAUGUCAUUAUAAUAGAUGGCAAAGGUGUUGUCCUGGUAAAAGGAGUACAAAAUAUGACAAGACAUAUACACAGUGUUUAGAGUUGUUUACUUCUCUUAGAGAUAUUGGGAUUCUAGUGCAUCAAUGGUGGUGA